AUGGAUAAUGAAUUCCAUUUAAGUGAAUUCAAGAGCAUCAAGAAGCUUGGAUCAGGCCGCUUUGGUAGGGUGAUACUAGUUUCCACAUCCAGGGACCACCAUAUAUCGGAUUUAGCAAGCGUCAAUGGAGAGUUUUACUACGCAAUAAAGAUAAUAGGGAACACGAAACUGGACAAGCCAAUCCUGAAUCUGUCCAAUGUGUCCAACAUCAACCGAGUAAAGAACGAGGUUCGCAUAAUCAAGCUACUGCGUGGCUUCCAGCAUCCCAAUAUUAUUCAAUCGUACGGCAUAAUUAGCCACUCUUCCAACAAUCGAAUAUAUUUUGUCAGCGAGUACUGUUCCAUGGGAGAGCUGAAUCGGACUAAUUUUGCAACUUAUCCGGCCGCAAAGGACAAUAUGGAGAACAUACAGACCAAACUGCAAGACGUGAUCAAUGGGCUGGAAUUUCUUCAUUUGCAGAACAUUAUACACAGAGACAUUAAACCUUCCAAUUUACUAGUUGAUCACCGCGGCAGGGUCAAAAUAUCGGACUUUGGCACAUGCUACAAACUCACAGGAAAUGAAGUAGAAGACAACCUCGAGGUAUUUAAAAAGAUCGUGGGGACGCCGCUGUUCAUAGCCCCGGAGAUCUGUGAAAAUGAAAACACAAAGGGGCAAUCUAUAGGCAAGUCUGGCUUCUCGCUAUUCAAAUUUAAAAGAGAGAAAGAGUCCGAUCCAGGAUACAAGAUAGAUGUCUGGUCCCUGGGAAUUACUCUGUUUUAUCUCUUCUUCGAGACUUUCCCUUUCUACAACGAGAAUGAGUUUAAGUUAUUUCACGACGUGGUAGAAAAAGACAUCGUCUUCCCGCCGUUUGCAGAGUGCUACACGCUCAAAAGGCUUAUUGAUGCUAACUACGGCUACGACUACAACUCAAAAGUGGUGUCAUAUUUCAAGUCUCUUGUUGAGCUGCUGCGCAAAAUGCUGGAAAAGAAGCCCGAAAAUCGGGUCGCACUGAAAACUGUUAAAACGCAUAAGCUGCUGAGAUAUUUUGUUGACUCCAAAACACAUCACGCAUACCUCAAGCUCAACGAUACGGUGCUCAAGCGGUCCGGCAACUCGGGUCAUCUAUUACGCAAUUCUCGCUCGGGAGACCUUCUGAGCGAUUUCGACGAGGUGGCCGACACGUCGCGUUUCAAAGGAUUUUCCAAGCUCUUGAAUCUUUCCGGUUCUACUACGCCGGAGUCGGAUUUGUCUGAGGCCUCCGUCAUCAAUAACUCUGCUGUCUCGCUGCCUAUCAACAUGAAACACCGCCAUCUUCAGAACGCCAACGAACACCAAGUCAAUAAUCCUGUCGCGCCUUUCGUGGCUCCACAAGCCGCCAAAAAUAGAAAUUCCGUCAACACAAUCAACUCGUUACCCACCAAGCUCACCGAGGUGGUCACGCCCGACCUCCAGAGCCCACUCCUCGCGCAACCAACUUUUGCUCCGCCAAAAAUAUACUCGACAAGCUCUGCAGCCUCCACUGGCUCCAGCUCAACAUCUUUGAGCAAGCUCAAGGUCAGCAAUAGAGUCAACUUCAAAGACGUGCUCGGCGAAAACCAUAACCCACGUAGAAUGUACACGAUGGACGAAUACCUAAGUAGGAAUAUAUAA